ACAUGGCGGCCCCAACCUCCUCCGACGGGAGGGCCUAGGGUGGGAGCCUGCCUCGGGUAGCUCCCCUUCCCUCGCGCUUCCGUCCAAGAAGAGGGGCUGAGGAUGAAGAAAUAUAGGGCGAUUGGCAAAAUAGGGGAAGGAACAUUUUCUGAAGUUACCAAGAUGCAGAGCCUAAGAGAUGGAACUUACUAUGCGUGUAAGCAAAUGAAACAGCACUUUGAAAGUAUUGAACAAGUGAACAAUCUACGGGAAAUACAAGCAAUGAGGCGCCUGAACCCCCAUCCUAAUAUCCUCACGUUACAUGAAGUUGUUUUUGACAGAAAGACUGGUUCUCUUGCACUAAUAUGUGAACUUAUGGACAUGAAUAUUUAUGAACUAAUACGAGGGAGAAGACAUCCGUUAUCAGAAAAAAAAAUCAUGAAUUAUAUGUACCAGUUAUGUAAGUCUCUUGAUCACAUGCACAGAAAUGGAAUAUUUCACAGAGAUGUAAAACCAGAAAACAUAUUAAUAAAGAAAGACCUCCUAAAAUUGGGGGACUUUGGAUCUUGUCGAAGUGUUUAUUCCAGACCACCAUACACAGAAUAUAUCUCUACCCGAUGGUACCGAGCCCCAGAGUGCCUUCUCACAGACGGGUACUAUAGCUCCAAAAUGGACAUGUGGAGUGCUGGUUGUGUCUUCUAUGAAAUCUCAAGCUUGCACCCUCUCUUCCCUGGAGCUAAUGAACUGGACCAAAUCACAAAAAUCCAUGAGAUUAUAGGCACACCUGCACAGAAGACGCUUACUAAAUUCAAACAGUCAAGAGCGGUGAAUUUUGAUUUUCCCUUUAAAAAAGGAUCAGGAAUAUCUCUGCUGACGUCCAAUCUGUCUCCGAAAUGCCUCGCUCUCAUAUCCGCAAUGGUAGAAUACGAUCCUGACGAAAGAAUCAGUGCCAAGCAGGCACUGCGGCACUCCUGCUUCCGAGAACAGAGGUUAGGAGAGAAACAGCUUCUUGCCAUGAGCCGAAAAGUAGACCUGCCAGAACACACGAUGGGGCCAGAAUCAGCUCGUCCCAUGUGGCGACAUUCAAAGGAGGCCAGAAAACAGCAGUCUCUGAAGCAAACUGAGAACCAUCCAAUAAGACAGGGACCAGCUUAUCCAGUGGAAUUGCCAAAACUUAAUGUUUCUGGGGUAGCCAAACUGACUUCCUACUCCAGCCCUUCAAUACGCUCAGUUUUUAGCCGCUGUGGAGUCAAUGGCAAGAUGCCGAAACUAAAGCCUCUGAAGUGCAUUGGGACCAGCAGCAAGAUGGAAGCCCGGAAGGACCUCAACUCUAAUAUGAAGCAGUUCCAUUUGCCCACGAUAGGACGGAAAGGUGGAGAAUACUGAGUGGGUUUGCUGUAUUGAUCAGGUUUUUGGGUGGGGGAACAAGACCCGGAGGGAGUGAAAGAACCAAAUUAUCCAUGUCACUGAUGGGAACAGAGCGGCUUCUAGGAGCAGAAGAUUCAAAGCACUUUUUACCAUGAUGCAUCCUGAAAGGGGCCUAGAAGAACCGCCUGAGGACGAAUAGAAGAUCACGGGCUCACCCAGCUAGCAGUGCAAUCCUCCCCGGAGACUCCAGUGCUUUUGAAGACACCGCCCCUAGCAAAUCCAAAAUGCACUUUGAAUUUGGACCCUCCAAAAAUACUCUCUGUCUUUGCCACUUCAAUGUAUUUGCAAAAA